AUGAUUGGGCCUUCCUCUGGUGCUGGUGGUGUUUCGGAGGAUGAGGUGUCUGACCUGUCCAAACCUGGCAAGAAACGCAUCUUUGAGGACCUGGACAUAGAAAGCCUCUGUGAGGAGGUCCAGAACAGUCGUAAACGGUACCAGUAUCAAGAUAUAGAGACUCCAAUGGAUGUGGUUGCCUCUAACCAAGUCAUAGGCAACACGACGGCCCUGUUCUCGCCACUGUCGGCCCAGGAGGCCAUGGAGGAUUGUCCAAUGGCGAGACUGGAGGUCCUCUUGGUGGAUGGUACCAACUGCACCUGGACAACUGUUUCAGAACUGGAAUCUCAACAUACUAUCGCUGAAAUUGCGGCCUCGCCUGCCACGUCUUCCUCAUCGUUGGACCAUAGGCAGGAACAGGUGAUCCAGGAGGUGCAAAUUGAGGAAACAAGUUACCAGGUUGGCUCUGACUACUGGAAGCCAAUUGCCACUAUACCACCCACCCAUGUGCAACAGAACAAGCCAGACAUGCCUUCCAAUAGUCAACAACAGCAGCAGCAGUUUGACGAUCAGGAGACUGGGAACCUCUCUUGGCUGUUGGACUUUAAACUAGACCCAUUCAUUGAGGCUGCAGAUGAAAAGUCCAGUGUACCAUCACCCAGAGACAAUCACAGUGGAAGCAAAACAAAGGUAAAUGGACGUUUCUAUGGGUCUGCCUACGUCAACGAUGUGAAGAAAAAUUACAACGAGAAUUGCUCCUGGAAUCAUGACUCCAAUCAGAGUUGCUCCAGCCUGGACAAUAAGAGCUUCACGUCCUCACGGUGCAACGGACCAAAAAAGCCGCCUUUCACCUACACAGAGCUCAUUGAACACGCUCUGCGAGAAAAAGGAGAGCUCACAGUAUCAGCCAUUUAUCAGUGGAUCUCAGAGCAUUUUCCCUAUUACAAAAGCAACGACGAUCGUUGGAAGAAUUCUGUGCGGCACAACUUGUCCAUAAAUCCUCACUUCCGGAAGGGAUCCAAGGCACCGCAUGGAGCUGGACACUUGUGGGCCAUUGCGAACCGUUCCGGGGACUCCAGACCUAGACAGACUAUUAAUAUCCCUAACACUAGCUCUUCCAUGAAACAGAUCAGCAAAAAUUUGACAGAAGCUGAAAAUCAUAGGAAAUGUAUCAGGCACAUGAAUCCAAUAGAUGAGGUGGAAGCAGCGACUGCCAGUAUCACGCAACAGUCCUCAGAGGAGGAGACUGAAAGUAUGGUGAAUUCUGUGACAUUAGAGCACUGUGCAGAAGAAAUUCUCAGUGGUAUCAAGAAAGAAGUAGAAGUACAGUAUCUUGUUCCUAUGAUGGUGUCCAGUAAUGAACAUAAUACAACCCAGUCCAAUCAGCAAACACAGGAACUUCAUUACCCUGUGAAAGAGAGUGAUUUCCUUAAUCCAGUAUCUAAGGAAGUGGUGGCCGAAGAAUGCGGACUCAUAAGCGAAGGUUAUCUAGUCACAGAUCUAAAUCCAACGACCCUGGGCCUGAACAUGGUGGAACCGGAGAUCAUUACCCCGGAAAAUCUGUUUGGAGAAGAAUUAAAUUUUCAGUUCUACGAAUUGUCCUCUCCUUCGCAGAUCCAGUCUGCCUGA